GUGCAGGCUACAGGACUUGCCGCUGCCAUCGGAUCGAGUGAGCGUGGUGUGGGGCCGUGCGACGCGCUCGUGCUGCCACGUGCUGCGACGGAAUCGAAGUUCGAAGCUCGAAGCCCGAGAUACGGUGCAGCGUUUCGACGAGCUUCUGGCAGCGAAGCUUCGACCGACCGCCUCAUUGACCAAAUAGGCAUGCGUCUCUCGCUCCUCGCCGCUGUAGCUGUGUCCAGCGUCAGCGCCCAGGCGUCGACCGCAUGCGCAGCGACAAGCUGCUAUGCAGGCGCGCAGUUCACCUCGGCCAACAAGCUCACGGCCGCCCAGGCCAUUGGCAACCUCCAAGCGCCCUGCUACGAAGUGCAGUCGCAGGGCGUCGCGUGCUACGCGUACACGACAGCAGGCACGUGCCCAUUCAAGGGCAUGUCCGACUGUGGCGCGAACGCCGUCGUCACGACCACACCCAGCACAACGUCCUCGGUCCCCACGACGCCCGUCGCGUCGACGACGAUCGCGCCAGGCACACCGACGUUGGCCCCUGGCACGCCGACGCUGGCGCCGGGUACACCGACGUCUCUACCUGGCACGCCCACGUCUUCGCCCAACACGCCAUCCGGUAGCACGCGCCGGCCGUCGACGCCGAGCGCACCGAAUGGUGGCUCCAACACCAGGGGCUCAACCUCGGGCAGUCAGAACAACACGGCAACCAACGGUGCUGCCGUCGAACAAUCGAGUGGCAUUGGCUCGUGGCCGUACUUUGUGGGCGGCGGUGCGGCGCUGCUCCUCAUUGGCGUUAUCGUGAUCGUGCUCAUCCGCAAGACGCGGGACGGCGACGACGACGACGAGGUCGAAGACCACAUCUACCAGAGCCAACACCGCAGCGGAAAGCACUCGAUGCAGUCGGUCUCGGGCACGCAUGUGAGCCCGUAUGACGUCAAGCAGACGCAUUCGUACGACGUUGAAACGGGCUACCAGCCAACGAUCGGGUACCAUGACCCACGCCCGCAGCAGUACCAGCCACAAGGAUCCGGCUACGCGCCGCAGUCGCCGUACCGUGCCAAGCCCGCAAUCGUCCAAGCGAGCCAAAUGCCGGCGCCGGCGCCCGUGGUGACGAACCGAGACAUGCAUUUGCUCAACACGACGACGACGUCGACCACCACCACCAACCACGGUAGCAACCGCAACAACAACCACAACGCCGCACCGGACGACGACCGCCACUCGGUGACCUUUUAAUCGACUAUAUAUGGACUGGAGCGCGGCCGCCAAACGUUUAGUAGACUACGUUAGUACAUAUAUCAAAUGUCGUCGGUAUGAAGUGCACCUUUGUGG